UUACAUACUAAACUACUCUAAUACUAAUAUCUAUUCUCCGAACCCCAACGGCCAUGGCCGCCACAGUUGCAGCUGGAGCUGGAGGAGUUGGUGUGGGUCUCACCAAGCUCCAUCCGUACAAAUCCAAGCCCAAUAUUACUUCUCCGUUUCUGGGUAAGAAGCUUACACUCAAUUUCAAUAGGAUUUCAAUAACUGAUCCCAAAAGAUUUCGAGUUUCUUCGGCCGUGGGAGGCGGCGAGCUGAUCGAUGCGGUCCGGGAGCUAUUUCUCGGCGUCGGUGUGGGGUUGCCCUGUACGGUUAUGGAGUGUGGGGAUAUCAUAUAUAGAAGCACUCUUCCCAAACCUGAUGGUUUGACGCUAACGGCACCAGGGGCGGUUUUGGCCUUGGGUGCUCUGUCUUACCUUUGGGCCACUCCCGGUGUGGCUCCAGGUUUCUUUGACAUGUUUGUUCUUGCGUUUAUUGAGAGGGUUAUCAGACCCACUUUCCGGAAGGAUGAUUUUGUUUUGGGGAAGAAGUUGGGAGAGGGAGCUUUUGGAACGGUUUACAGAGUUUCAUCGACUAAGAAUUCGUCUUCCAAGCAAAUUACACAGACGAAACGUCAAUGUUCAUACUUACGAGUAAAGGAGGGAGACCUUGUUUUGAAAAAGGCUACUGAAUAUGGGGCAGUAGAAAUUUGGAUGAACGAGCGGGUGCGAAGAGCUUGUGCAAGCAGUUGUGCUGAUUUUGUAUACGGCUUUUUUGAGACCUCUUCAAAGAAAGGGUCUGAAUAUUGGCUUAUAUGGCGGUUUGAAGGAGAGUCUACUCUUGCAGACUUGAUGCAGAGUAAAGAGUUCCCCUAUAAUGUAGAGACGAUGAUUCUUGGAGAAGUUCAGAAUUUGCCUAAGGGAUUGGAAAGGGAAAACAAAAUUAUUCAAACAAUUAUGAGACAAUUGUUAUUUGCACUGGAUGGUCUCCAUUCAACUGGGAUUGUGCAUAGGGAUAUUAAGCCACAAAAUAUCAUAUUUUCUGAAGGUUCUCGUACAUUCAAGAUCAUUGAUCUUGGAGCUGCCGCAGAUUUAAGAGUGGGCAUCAACUAUAUUCCAAAAGAGUUUCUUUUGGAUCCUAGGUAUGCUGCACCAGAGCAGUACAUCAUGAGCACACAAACUCCAUCUGCACCCUCAGCUCCAGUGGCAACAGCACUGUCCCCAGUCCUGUGGCAGAUGAAUUUGCCGGAUAGAUUUGAUAUCUACAGUGCUGGUCUCAUAUUCCUCCAAAUGGCAUUUCCAGGACUACGAACAGACAACGGCCUCAUACAGUUCAAUCGUCAGCUCAAAAGGUGUGACUACGACUUGGUUACAUGGAGGAAUACUGUGGAGCCUCGAGCCUCUGCUGACCUCAGGAAAGGCUUUGAGCUUUUGGACUUGGAUGGGGGAAUUGGGUGGGAACUUCUUACAUCGAUGGUUCGAUACAAAGCACGACAAAGAACCAGCGCGAAAGCAGCUUUAGCUCAUCCUUACUUUAAUAGUGAAGGCCUUUUAGCUCUGUCUUUGAUGCAAAACCUCAGGCUGCAACUCUUCCGAGCAACAGAACAGGACUAUGAAGAAGCUGCCAAUUGGAUUAUUCGGCUAAUGGCAAAAUCAGGAACUCAGCAGGAUGGUGGCUUCACAGAAGCACAGCUCCAAGAACUCAAAGAAAUUGAGCCAAAAAAGAAGGCAAGUGCUCAAAGGAAUGCUCUUGCUUCUGCUCUUCGGUUUCAGAGAAAGAUCGUAAAGACGCUGAACGAGAGUGUUGAUGAGCUUAACAGACGCAGGAAGAGCCUAUGGUGGAGUAGAUGGAUCCCAAGAGAGGAAUGAAGGAGGUGGUAAAAGUACAUAUAUAUAUAUAUUUUUUUAUUUCUUGUAAAUUUUGUGUAGCAAUCAAAACUGACCAACUUUGAUCACAGAUCUGAUAUGUACGAUCCUUAAGAUAAAAGAAAAUUAGCUGGAAUCUGAUAUAAACAUUCCUGGAAUCUUUUGAACACACGUGUAAAUUCUUCCACGGGUUAUAAAUUAAUAUAGCACAGUAUUUUAAGAA